UUACCACGUGCUUUUGAUCACUUCCCUUGCCAUCCCCCACGACGCUCUCCGCGUACCACCCUCAUUGAACGAACACUCAUGCACUCCCUGGCGGUCCUGCUCCCCCUUAUUUCCCUUACGAUCCCUCUCGUCAAGGCUCAAGGCGCAACAUGCAAUGUCACCACCAAAUGCCCUGAAACCGCACCUUGUUGCAGCGAAUUCGGGUUCUGUGGCACAACCGAGGCUUUUUGUCUUGGAGGCUGCAACCCGCUAUAUUCCAGCAAGCUCGACUCCUGCUUGCCCAACCCGAUUUGCAAGAGCUCUUUCCACUCUUUCGCGAACAAUGACCGUGUCCAAAGUAACAGUUCACACUGGGAUGGAAACGCCACCCUGUAUGACUUUGUCGUUAAUAACGGCAACAUCAUGAACACCGGCGCGAAUGGUGGCGAGCUGGCGAUGUUACUCACUAAGGAGAACGGCGGCACCCGUCUCUCCACAACGCGUUAUCUUCACUACGGCAUCGUUACCGCACGGAUGAAGACGGGUCGCUGGGGCGGUGUCGUCACGGCCUUCAUUACGAUGAGCGAUGUCAAGGACGAGAUUGACUGGGAAUUCCCUGGUAACUCCACAACGGAAGGCCAAAGCAACUACUUCUGGCAAGGAGUGGUUACCCAACCCAAUCAUGGUGCCGUUUCGCAGGUUAAUGGCGAUACCUUUGGUGACUACCACGACUACACUAUUGACUGGCAGCCUGAGCAACUCCGGUGGCUGAUCGAUGGCAAGGUUGUCCGCACCUUGAAGAAGAGCGAUGUCUUGACCGACGGUGUAUCGCAAUACCCUACAACCCCUUCGCGCAUCCAGUUCAGCUUGUGGCCUGCUGGUGUUGCCUCGAGUGCUGCUGGCACUGUACAAUGGGCUGGUGGUCUGAUCAACUACGACGACCCAGACUAUCGCUCUGCCGGCCACUUCUAUGCGCUCCUCAAAUCCGUCAACAUUACUUGCGCUGAUCCCGUCAAACCCAGUGCCGACAUUACGGGCUACAAAUACGGCGCCAACUCGUCAACGAACACGCCCUCAGUUGCCCUCACUAACCUGACAACCAACAUCAAUGCUGCUGCGCCGGGCGUUGUUGGCCGCAGCGUUGAGGGUAUCCGGACCAUGCUGGCCGUGCUCAUCGUUGCUGGUGUGUUUGGGCAGUUAAUUUAA